UCCGGCUGCGCAGGAACAGCUGGUGUCUCCGAAGGCGGCCGGCGAGCGGACGGGCUGUGGUGCUGGCGGCCAGUCGCGCCACGCUGCGGGAGCCGCCGCCGCCGCCUCGCACCGCCGCACCAUGUCCGGCCAGCUGGAGCGUUGCGAGCGCGAGUGGCAUGAGCUGGAGGAAGAAUUUCAGGAACUGCAGGAAACCCACAGGAUCUACAGGCAGAAGCUGGAGGAGCUGACUUCACUCCAGACUUUAUGUAGUGGCUCUAUCAACAAGCAGAAGACGCGACUAAAGGACUUGAAGCACACACUCCAGAGGUACAAGCACCAUGCGAGUCAGGAGGAGGCAGAGCUCAUCCAGCAGAUGAGCGCCAACAUCAAGGAGCGGCAGAAUGUCUUCUUCGACAUGGAGGCCUACCUGCCCAAGAAGAAUGGGCUCUACUUAAACCUGGUCCUUGGCAAUGUGAAUGUGACCCUUCUCAGCAACCAGGCCAAAUUUGCUUACAAGGAUGAGUACGAGAAGUUCAAGCUCUACCUGACCAUCAUCCUGCUCCUAGGUGCUGUGGCGUGUCGAUUUGUCCUUCACUACAGGGUGACUGACGAAGUUUUUAACUUCCUGCUGGUGUGGUAUUACUGCACCCUGACAAUCCGGGAGAGCAUUCUCAUCAGCAAUGGCUCGAGAAUUAAAGGCUGGUGGGUGUCUCACCACUACGUGUCCACGUUCCUCUCUGGAGUGAUGCUGACCUGGCCUAACGGAUUAAUUUAUCAGAAGUUUCGUAAUCAGUUUUUAGCGUUUUCCAUUUUUCAGAGCUGUGUCCAGUUCCUGCAAUAUUAUUACCAGAGGGGCUGCCUCUACAGGCUGCGGGCUCUGGGAGAGAGGAAUCAUCUGGACCUCACGGUGGAAGGGUUCCAGUCCUGGAUGUGGCGGGGCCUCACCUUCCUCCUGCCUUUCCUGUUCUGUGGCCAUUUCUGGCAGCUCUACAAUGCCGUCACGUUGUUUGAGCUCUCCAGCCACGAGGAAUGCAGAGAAUGGCAGUCGUGCACGCGAAACUUCAGAAGAACAGAAACAAAGGGAAGAAGCUGUGAGCCAAGGGACCUGUGCACCCCCAGCCCCUGGGGUUCAAGACUGCAGGGGGUUCCAGCUGGCACCUGGCCGCACCUGAUUUCCUCCCCACAGUGUCCUUGGCCACUGCAGCAGCCACCUCAGGGGCCAGCGCAUCACUGGUAGAAGGGCCAAGGCCCUGGUCCCCGGUGGACAAGAGGAAUGUGGCCCCUGCCCGUCUGCACAAUGUUAGCCUGCUCAGCCUCCCUAUUUAUGACAUAUUUAACACGGGGUCCUCCCGACUGCCCUAGAAUCCGCAGUCUUCCCUCGCUGCCCUCUCACGGCUGAGACUGGGUCAGUCUUCCUGGGCGGGGGCCUAAAGCCUCAGGGAGCCCCUCAGGUUGGGGUUUGGAUGUGCCUCGCUGGAGUGCCGACCUGCUACUUACUGAGUCCCCAGCAGGUGGAAGGAAACCCCUCGGCGUCCUGUGGAGCCUCCCUCCCCGGGGCAAACCGGCAAACCGCUUCCGCUGUAAGCUCUCCCGGCCUCCGCUGCUCCGUGGUGGGGUAUUUUAAGUUCUCAGAGAAUCACUGUCUGUCUGUGACUGGUGCUCUUUGUGCUUCCUCUCCCUCCUGCUGGCCACCUGGGGAGAAGUGCCCUGCCUCCCCGAGGGCCUGGUCCCUGGGGUGGGCCUGAGGCGAGGGGGGGUGCUGCUACCACCAGAGGGCGCCCCAGCCUUGGCAUCACUUGGGUGGUUUGAGAUAGUUUGGUGUUGGGUUUUUUUGAAUUUGAAAUUUUGGCUUCCUGACCCCCACCCCUCAGCCCACUUUCCUGAAUUCUUGCAGUGAGUGGGACCCUUACUUUCAGCGCUGGCUGGGACUUAAGCCAUCACAGAGCUCACCCACCCUCCCCCUCAGGUUCUAGAAUGUUGGUGGGGAGAGUCUGAGCAGGCUCACUUCUGGGAGGUGGCACUUGGAAGCCAGGACAAGUCCGCUGGUCACCUUGUGUCGGAUUCUGUACUUGAAUGCUUGUGGGGAGGAUGAAGAAGCUAGCAGGUUUGGUUGAAUGUUCGGCGCCUUCUCCCACACGCGAGCCUCAGCUGCCUUUAACUAUUUCCCUACAAAUCCCCUCUGACCAGAGUUCAGGGCUGGCAUCCACAGUCAUGCUUUGGCUCUCAGAGGAGUUUAAGCUUCUUUUUUAAUUGUUACAUUUUUAAAAUAUGAAAUUUCCCCUCCACCCCAGUAAGAGUCCACAUAAAAACCCAGAUUUCUACUUUCCCUAGAAAAAUGGAAAGAUCUGUCAACAUUCCCACAGGGCAGUUCUUGGCUGGGCUGAGCUGCCUGCCUAGGAUGGGGUGCUUGCUUUCUAGUAUGCCACAGACCCACCACUCCCUUUUGUACCUGUCCAGUUUCACUCGUUUGCACCUCCCAUCUGGCCCUAAGGCACUUGAGUUUUCCUUAGACUAGGAGUCGGUAAACUUUUUCUGUAAAGGGCCAGAUGGUAAGUAAAUAUUUGAGGGCCAGAUAAUCUGUUACAACUACCUUAGCCUGCAGUUGUAGGGCAAAAGCAGCUAAUGCAUACAUAAAUGAGCGUGGCUGUGUCCCAACAAAACUUUAUUUACAAAAACAGGCAGCUGCCAGAUUUGGUCCACAGACUGUACGGUUUGUGGACCUCCGUCCUAUAUCAUUUAUCAUUUGUCCAUGAGGCCUUGGAUUGACGACGCUCUUGACUCCCCAGGUCAUGGCAGGGCCUUGGGGAACCUGUGUGAGGGGGGUGGAAUACAGAAGUCUCUUUCCCUAGCAAUUGACUUCAGAGAGGCUCAGGCUUGGGGCUGAGGCAGGAGAUCCUGGGGAGGGCAGGAGGCACCUGAAGCCGUUAUGCCACGUUCAGUAAGGCUGACUCCUGGCUAACUCAGGAAGCAAGCAGCUCUCAAUCUGUGGGGCAUUAGAAUCACCUGGGGCACUUGUUUAAAAGCUCCCGGAAGUGACUGCAGACCUUCCAGGAGGAGGUUCAGUGGAUCUGCAGCUGGGGGUUAAGUGUGUUUUCACAGGAGGUCAAGGGGGUCUCAGCUCCAGAACUCCACAUCCUGGCAGAAGUGGAGGCUGUGAGGGACAGAGGAAACUUGAUGACUAUUAAAAUGAGCCAGUGCCGUCCUUUUGCAGAUAGGGAGAUAGUCCACAGAGAGGAGUGACUUGCCCAAGGUCACUCGGAGCCAAUGUCACUUUCAUCUCAAGUUCCUGGCACUGGGGGGUUGCAGGUGAGGAGCCCCUGAGCAGGGGUUGGAUGUGUGGUCCAGGGUACUUUUUGCUUUUUGAGAGAGUUUCUUGUCCCCCUUGGGCAUGUGUGCCGGCUCUGCAAAGAUGGUGGCCCAGCCAAAGGCUGAGACUGGAGUCCUCUGGGGGGGGCCGGGGCCGCUGUUGGCCCCCGUGUCUGGGGCUGGUGCCUGUGUUGUCCCGAUAGGCCCCUAUCCCAUCGUGGUCCCCGAGCUCCUGGAGGAAGGAAGUGAUGAGCUGGAGAGUGCAGCCGUGCCUAUCUCCAGAGCCCAGGGAGGCGGGUGACAUGGGAGCAGCGGUCUUGGGGGGGGGGGGGGGGCGUGUGGAACGCUGACGAAUCCACACUUAUCCACGUACCAGAUGUAGUUCUUUGUUUUAAGCAUAGGUUUUGAGGACCUAUUGGGUGUGCAAAGGGGGAUACACGUGGCUGGGGGGAGGCCACGUACUCCUGAGUCCUGGGGACAUAUGCCGGUUCCAGGUACAGAGGGACUGAGUCCAGCACCCUCACCCACCUCCAUGCGGGCCACAGCUCCAGUGUGAACCCAAAGGUGAGUUCAUGGUCAGAGCCGCAGCUGGGAAAUAAGAGAUCUCCAGAAUGUUCUAAGAGUCUAACCAGAGGCUCCAGACACAAGGAGACACCCACCUCCAGGUGCCCUUGGAAAGCUGGGGAUGGGGCAGGAUCUCGGGGUAUAAUCCGGGGCUGGUGGCCUGGCCCCUGUCAGUCUUGCCCUGAGGGCUUUGUGCCCUACCCAGAGGGGUCAGAGCAGCAGGCACAACCGGUGUUGUUUCUGCCGCUGUGCUUUCUUCAGAGCACUGAGGGCAACCUUGGCGGCCUCUCGGAAAACGUCCUCCACAUUCUCCCGAAACUUGGCAGAACAUUCUAGGUAGAGGGCGGCUCGGAUCUGUUCGCAGGCGCUCUGACCCUGGGUGGGCGGGAGGGGCUGGCAUUAGAUGAGGGGCCUGGAGCAUGGGGCACCUCCUGACACCCCCUCAUGGAUCUGGGGACUUGGAUCUGGCUCUGGGGGGCCCCCCGGGGCGGGAGCCCCCUUCUCCCUAUCCCGGGCCCAGCCCUCACCAGUGUGGGUGGAUGGAACAUAACGGCCUGUCUGGUGUGGCCUGAGGGCUGCGGCUGCUGAGAGAAGCGUCCUGUCCACCUUCAGGCAGAGAGGGGGCCGGAUCCCGACAACUGUGUCUGCCAGGCCUCUGACGAGCUAGGGGCCCCCAGACACAAAGGGCUUCCUACUUGCCUCUCUCCUCUUCUCCAGAGCACAACUAAGGAAACGGCUUGCUAGGAGAGUAAAAACUCUCUCUUCUAACAUUUGCUUUUAUUAAUGCUUCUUUUUAUUAAACUUUCUUACCAGUGUU